UUUCGAUUUGGUUUCCAUUUUCAAAUUGACAUCAACCGACAAAUCACAAUGUACAACAGAUACAUCCCCCCACCCAAGUCAGCAGGCGGCGCGGCAGCCCCCGUGUCGUCGCAACCAGUGUCGCAAGCACCAGCGCAACCAGCACGAAUUGUCUUUGGCGACGAUGACUUUGUCGCAAACAAACAAUCAAAAACUGUCGUUGAGGCACCAGUACAACAAGUAGAGGAACCCAAGUCCAAGUCGAAAAAGUCAAAGAAGCAACGCGACACCGACGACGCCGAAGAGCCCCCACGAAAGAAGACCAAGACCGACGACAAUGACGACGAGCAGCAACAACAGAAAGACGAGGCGCAACCCGAGGCGACGAGAACAGAUACAUCAUCCAUGAAGAAAGAACCCAAGAAGCCAAAGAGAGAAAAGAAAAAGAAAGAAAGCGUCCUCGAAAAACCCGCCGACAUCGAAGAUGACCACAUCCGCCAACGCCAUCGCUCCGUCUUUGAAAAGGUCGAAAAGGCUCUCAAAUUGAAGGAACUACAGGGCGACGAAAAGGAAGACACGCCAGAGCCAGAAGAACCCGUAUACGACCUCGGUCCCCUCCCCCAACCUGCCCCCGUCGUCGUCGAUUCCUCCAAACUCACCUACGAGACCCUGCCCCCUUGGCUCGCCAACCCCAUCCGCGUCACCACCGAAACCAGGAAACAGUUUACAGAGCUAGGCAUCUCCGCCGAGGCAGCCAAGAUUCUGGCUACAAAGGGAUUCCGAGACGCCUUUGCCGUGCAGACGGCUGUCCUUCCUUUGCUGUUGCCUAACCCCGACCUCCAAGGCGACGUGGUGGUGGCUGCUCCUACGGGCUCGGGAAAGACGCUGGCGUAUGUGUUGCCAAUGGUGCAGGAUAUUGCACUGAGCCAGACGACCAAACUCAGGGGGGUGAUAGUGCUGCCGACGAGAGAUUUAGUGCAGCAAGUCCAGCAGGCGUGUGAGGCUUGCGCGGCAGCGUUUGCGGGGAGUAGUGGCGGGAAGAGGGUGAAGGUUGGGACAGCGAUGGGAAACCGGCCGUUCAAGGAGGAGCAGGGGGUUAUCAUGGGAACGGAACAAAAGUACGAUCCCAAGGGUUACCAGAAGUGGUUGGAGAGGCAGAAGCAGUUGGUGGAUCUGGAUGGGGACAGCGAGCAGGAGGAUGAGGAUCUUGACCUGCAGCUGAAGCGGCCGUUGCCUUAUCAUGUCAUUCAGCAUGUGCCCAAGGUUGAUAUCCUCAUCUGCACGCCGGGUCGUCUGGUGGAGCACAUCACCAAGACCAAGGGCUUCACGCUCGAUUAUGUCCGGUGGUUGGUGGUCGACGAAGCUGACAAGCUUCUUGCGCAAGACUUCCAGCAGUGGUUGGAUGUGGUGAACGAGAAGUUGGCUGUCAGCAAGCCUGGCGCGAGGGAUUUUGCUGCGAACAACAAGACGGGACCGAGGAAGGUGAUUCUGUCAGCGACUAUGACAAGGGAUAUCACGCUGUUAAACGGGCUCAAGCUUUCAAGGCCAAAACUGGUGGUGUUGGAGGGUGCAAAGGCUGGUGACUUGGCGAUCCCUGCCACGCUCAAGGAAUACGCCAUCAAGAUCACCGAGCCAAGUCUUAAGCCGUUGUAUCUGGUGGAUUUGCUACAGAGCAAGUACCUGGUUCCCAUCAACGGCGAGGACGUCGCUGCUGGAUCGGAAUCAUCCAGCUCCUCCUCCGAUUCAUCCUCAGACUCCUCCUCAGACUCCGACUCCGACUCCGACAGCGAAGCCGAGCCCACAACAAGAAAGGCCAAGUCCGUGUCCAAGCCCACCACAUCAAAGGCAAAGGCAGCAGCCUUCCCCACCACCGCCCUCAUCUUCACAGCCUCCAACCAAUCCGCCCUCCGCCUCUCGCGCCUGCUCUCCCUCCUCCUCCCCCCUUCCUUCGCCCCUCUAAUCGGCACCCUCACCUCCUCCACCAAGACUUCGGUCCGCUUGCGCACCCUAUGUGCCUUCACUUCCGGCAAGCUCCGUAUCUUGGUCGCCUCCGACUUGGUAUCCCGUGGUAUCGACUUGUCGAACCUCGACCAUGUCAUCAACUACGACCUGCCCCUUUCCGAGACGUCGUACGUGCACAGGGUGGGCCGCACAGCGCGUGCAGGCAGGGAAGGCAAAGCGUGGACGCUAGUGGAGUUUGCGGAAGCGAGGAGGUUCUGGAGGGAGUUUGUUGGUGAGGGACAGGGGGCGGUGUGUAAUGUGAAGAGAGCGGAGGGGAGGACGGUGGAGAGGGUGAGGGUUACUGAGGGGAUGGAUGAAGAGGGGGAGAAGAAGAAGAAUGGUGGGUUUGGUGAGGAGAGAGUGAAGGAGUUGGAGAAGGCGCUGGAGGUGUUGAGGGUUGAGGCUACUAAGAGGGGGUGAGUGUGGUUUGUUGGUGUUCGUCUGAUAUCCAGGGAAGUUUAUAUAGGGUAG